AUGACGAUAAACAAAUCGGGAAAAAUUAAAAGCUUGUUCUGGCGGGCUGGCCAAAAGGAGCAGAAACACAGAUUCGACGUUUCGGUGGAUUUUAUCGAAUUAAAAAACGACAGUAACACCCAAGUGAAAUAUGACUUGGCGAGAAACUCGAGGGUCAUAACUUCGAGUGAACAGGCACAGCUAUGGAAGGGUCGAGCAUAUUUUAAAAACCCACUCGUUGUUGACCUUACCCUAUAUUGUAAAAAAAACAAACAAGAAUUUGAGAAAAAAAUAUAUUUUUUCAUCUUUUACAAAAUUUAUGAAAAUAAAAAACUCGUGAUAGGAAAGACUAAAAUUGAUUUCAGCCAAUUUGUCUCUACCUCGAGUCAGCUGUACAAAGUCUCCUUUGUCAUUUUAAAAAAUAAACUCAACUGCGGAACGGCUCACUUGAAGGUACGCUGUGGCAACAUGGGGGGAGGGGCACGUGGCAUCACCGCAGCGUCGGUAGACAGUGGGGAGGAGUUUCCCUCCACUCGCAGUUGUUCGCUGCCGCCAGGUGGGGGGACCUCCAGCGGAGAGACGAACGAGGCUAGCGAGAAUGAUAGUGAUGGAGGCGGCAAUGGAAGCGGCAGUGGGAGCAUGGCGGGGAAUAGCUUCUUCAGCGAAGAAAUUAAUGGGGCUUACACGUGGGAGGACAACACUACCAACUCAGAGAGGGCAAACAACUGGAGUGGAAAAGGUGAGGAAUAUGAUCGCCCCAUUUCCUCGCGCGAUAAUUCCAUUGGUGCCUUAAAAAGGUCCAUAGAUAGUUCGCUACAAAAGUUGACGCGCAUGAACGGCCGGCGCUGGCACCAUCGGUCCGGUGCGCCCAAAGCGAACGGUGUUACUAUGCAAGAGAAACCAAUCAGGGGCGUCCCAAUGGCACACACAAAUGAGGAGAAAGGAGCUACUGAGAGUGGAAACCCUCCGCGCACCGAGGAAAAAACGCAGACAUACCAUCUGCAAAGAAAAAUAAACAGAAGGAAAAACAAAAAAGAAGCUAAUCAUCCAGCAUUGGAAGUACAAUCAGUUAUCCGAAAUAUGGAGAAGGCAAUAAAAAACGGAGAAAUGAUACAAAGAAUGAACAGGUCCAUUUUGCGACAAAGCGAUGAGGAAGGGGUGACUGAGGGAGGGCACACAACAAGGCGUACACAGAUCCAGACGCCGACGCGGCGAUACGAUGGGGUGAACAAAAUGAAGGAACGUCCCAAUCAGAACGGAAUCAAUUCUACGGGGAGACAAGUACAAUGCCGUCCACAAGCAGAACAAAAUGGUCAGAGUAGCCAUCCCAGUAAUUACAACAUGCACUUUGUCAUGGAAGAGAAAAACGGUCAAAUUGAGAAGCCAUCAACUGGGGAGCCACCAACUGGGGAGCCGCCAAACGAGGAGCCGCCAAUCCAAAAUAAUUUUCACCAUACAUGUGGGGAGUUAAGAAAGAUGAACUGGACACUUGGACACAAUCUAGUGCAACGCUGUGAUGAACGAGAUGAACAUUUGGAACCCUCCAUGAUGGCACUUCGGCACUUACUCCUCAUCAGUGCGCAAUCGGCACACGAAUGGGACGACUACCAACGCCUGGGAAGUUACGCCACUCCAUUGCGUCUUCCACACGAUGGUUGUACCGUUUCUAGAACAAGGGAAGAGGUGUAUAGAAAGGGGCUUCCCCCCUGCUGGGAGGGGAGAAACUACAAUGACAUGGCGAAAAACGGGAUGGAAAGAACUAACCAAAUGAGCACACACUUCACAAGUAUACAGUUUCCUAUUGGAGCUCCCACCCAUGUCGCAUGCCCCCACUCCUACGCCAUGCGAGAAGAAGGAAAUUUUCUGUUUGUCUCGGUAAAUGGGAGAGGUCCCAUAGGAGGUGAAAUGGAGAACCUUCUGGAUCUCGUCGGUAGGGACUUCUCCAAAACGGUAGAUCGCAACUGGAGAGGAGUCACAAGAGAAGGCAUAAACACACGUGGUACAAAUCUACACAGCGACUUCGCACCGAAUGGACUACCCAAUCGGGUUCAGCGGGCACAAUUCUCAUCGCAACAGGGCUGCCUUUUUAAAAAACCCUUAAGUGGAGAAGGGGCAACACCACCACAUGAUGAUCACGCAGAUGUGCACAGCAACGAAGGGGCAGCAAGCAUUCAUUCGAAAAUUAAAAAAAUCUCAAGUGAGGAAAAUAAAACCAUAAACGAGUUAGUCACCAUUGACAAGUUGGUGGAGGACAUGCAAAAGGUGCAACUCGUUAUUAAAGAAUUAACCGGUACAUUGGUCCGUUGUGGUCACAGAGGGGUGAGUAGCCAUGGGGAUCCAAACACAACUGAACAGGCUCACUUCAACGGGGGAAACACCAUUUCACUUUUUUCUCCACCUUCCCACGGGGGACCAAAGAACGAGAGCGCAAUACAUGAUGGAAAUGAAUCAUAUCACAAUUUGUCCUCGGGCGACGUGCAGAAGUACGAAGAAAAAAUUGCAACCCUUGUGCAGGAACUAAUGGACACUAAACUGCUGUUGGCAGAGAGUGAAACAAAGCGGGAGGAGGAUAUUAACGAGAUGAAUCGGCGGGGCGGCAGUUAA